ACCUAUUCAAACUCCUUUCUUUGACUUUAAUGAAAUAUAUCUAUCUGGACAUAAGUAUUCCAACAGAAAGCAUUAACUUCAAUUGUAUACAAACGCAUUACAAUAAUUUCAAUAGAAUAUCUUUCUGAUUUUGAAUUUUGCGGGAAGGUUUUUGGUCUGGGGGAGAGUCGUUCCACCAUCUGGUAACACUCGGUCACGUAAAUGGAACCCCAAGUGACGAUCCACAGAUAUUACAGCCGGCAGGCCAAGUAUGCCGGGUCCAUAGAAGCUGAUUUGGAACUGUGCAUCAAGCACUGUGGUGGGGACGUGGUGCGCAUCGAACUGGUGAAUCGCCUUCAUGGUAUCCAACUGCAAGGCAAGUUUCGGCGGUUGCUGCUGCUCCUGUUCCUGGCCAUCGCUUACUUCGUGGGGGUAUGCGGACUUGGAAGUACCUACAUUCGUAUCCUGCAACCUCGCAUCCUAUACCCACUGAUUACUUGUGUCUCCGUCGCAAUCCUGCUGAUCCGUUCCACUUUGAACUUGGUGCAGGCUGAGCGGUUAUUCUACAGCUGGGACAUGGCCCUGCAGAAGGAGACAGUGCGGUCCUUCGGCAGGGAAUCAGUCCUAUGCGUCCAGAGGGGACACAUUGAGGAUAUAGUUCUCAACGAAGUCAUUGAAGAUUUGGAUGUAAAGUACAUGCUGAUAUUAAGAACGAAAGGGAGCGAGUUUAAGAAACAGCCCAUUGUACCAUUAUUCAAUGUAAGUUCCUGCCCUUCUCACUUUGUAAAGUUGUGUAAUGUUUAUACCCUUUAUUCUCAGAGCCAAUCUCCAUCUUUUGAGUGCCUGCAGCACAUAUAUCGAGUUCUGCAUGGAUAUUGGCUGAACAGUACCAAAGACCGAUCGGAGCAGUCCUACAGCAAGGACAAGCAGUCCAUUGUGAAAUCGUAGUCUUUUACCAAAUCGCUGAACUGUUACUUAAAUUUUUUAGUAAACAAAGAGACUGCCAAUGCUUAUUAAAACAAACAUACCUGUAA